AUGCGAUGGGUCUUCCUUCUGCGCAUACUGGCGGUGCAGUUCCAUUCGACGGGCUUGGAGAUCUUUGUAACACUUGACGUAAGCCCGCCUGGUGUCAAGGUCAGGCAGACUGCGCUUGGGUACGUGAACGAGGGAACUGGUGUCCUUGCCCGUGAUGGUGUUGUCGCUGAAGGAAAUGUACUUGACGAGACGGCAGUCCGAAGGUAUAGCCGAUAUCUUGAACUGCCCGAGAAAGAGUCGCGCAAACUCGCGCUUGCGUUUAUAGAAUGCAUUCUCAUCCGCCACUUGAAGGAAUUGCGCCAUUGCGCUCCGCAGGCUGCGGCACUGCAAUUGCGCGAACAUGGUGGCACACUCUACGAACUCAGUUCGGAAUGA